UUUCUGUGUGUUUGCUGUUUGUGUGCUCUUUCUCGCUAGGAAAAAUUGUAUCUGGGAUGUGUUUGGUCAAACUUGAUACAUUUUAGAAGACAGCUUCAUUUGUGAACAUGAUAUAAUGUAAAAUGAUAACAUCAGGCGAUAUCUGAGUUUAAGUUGAUCGAACCUUAAAUCUGUACGUUUUAUUUCUUUAAACUGCUGGAAAUAUGAAUGAAAUAAAAUGAUACAUUGUAGUGGAUCGUUUAAAUUAUGUGAGUUAAAACUUGUAUCUCUGGUUUGUGAUAAUAAAUACAGCAAGCAAUAGCUGUUGGUCCUCAGACAUCAAUUAACUUAGAAAUAUAAAUUAAUUGUACAUAGACCACCAAACUUUCAACCGUCUAGUCCUCAGUCUACACGUUCGACUGAUUGAGCGUUUCUCAAACCCCUCAGGGGCCUAAUGACCGUAAUUAAAUUAAUAGAUCCAGCACGCUACCCGUUCGUUUCCAACCUAAUACCGCUCAAGCUGGUAUAUUAGAUGUGUGUCACGUGCACAGGCCAUCUUCCAGAUGAGUUCCUCCUUUCUUUGACAUUAGUCAGCUUCUUUCUUCACGGCCCACGUUUCCAGUUCCAUUUCCCACCGGAAAUACGUCUAACAAGCUGAUUGUCGGAUCAUCUCACCAACUGCAAACCUUCAGCUGGUCACAAUACCCAAUCAGAAGCGUUUAUUCGAGACUUCAACCAAUCAGAGGAGUGUAUGGGAGACUUCACCCUAUCAAAGUAUAGUGUAUUCGAGACAGGGUCCAAUCAGAAGUCACCAGAUCAUGUGACCAUCACGUGUUUGUUUGGGCUCGCAAGCAAUAAGUGGUGAUCCCUGGUAACUCGGUGGCGGGAUAUCUCGUUAUAUACUCGUGUAAUCGGAGCUGAGUUAGUUUAGACAGUAGUGCGGUUUUGUAGUGACACUAAUUGUACAUUGGAUAACAGAUCGACUUACGUAUAAACUUGUUGUGCACCUCAAUCAGUCGGACUAUAUAUUGAGAUAUUAUCGAAGUUCCUUCUCAUUAUCAGUUCAACUCUUUCGAACUUCUUCUGUUCAAGUUUACUUCCGAUUUGUCCACCAUGAAGCUGAAAAUCUUUACUUCCUGCGCUCCUUCAAGGAACAACCAGCUAGAUUCCUUCAAACGUCGCUACUCUAUCCAGUCCAAACUCGGCGAGGGAGCUUUUGGCGACGUAUUCUGUGUCCAGUCUCGGAAAUCCAAGAUGAAGUACGCUGCUAAGGUUGUGAAGAACAAGAAACAACAGGACAUCAUUCUACAAAACGAUGAGUACGUUCCUAUGGAGGUUUGGGCUCUGAAGCGACUCUCUAGUCAUCCCAACAUAUCCACCUUCACCGAGCAUCAUGAAAUUAAGGACAAGCUAGUGAUCAUAACAGAACAUCUCGAAGGCUACAGUGACCUAUUCGACCACAUCGAAGAGCACGGAAGACUGACAGAGUUGAGAGCUAGGAACGUUAUUAAACAGGUGGUCGAUGUUAUCGGGUUCUGUUUCAAGAUGGGGGUUGAUCACCGAGACAUAAAGGAGGAGAACAUCAUGUACAACCCAGCCGGAGAUCAGAUCAAACUUAUAGACUUUGGUUCUGCCUCAGUUCUCUCAAAACAUCCCUACCGUCUUGUCCGAGGAACUGACAUCUACAUUCCUCCAGAACAUUAUCUUUACAACAAGUACUAUCCUCGACCUGGUGCUGUGUGGGCUAUAGGGUGUCUAGCGUUCUGUUGUCUCUCUUCCUUCACUCCCUUCACAUCUAUCAACCAGAUUGUUAGCACUGGACCAGAUUGGAGCUUGAUGGCGCACUGUCUGGACGAAUCGUUUGAUUUUGUGAAGUGUUGUUUGAAGACUGACGAGAAAAAGAGAAUGCCAUUUCACAUGAUGAGACAUCACGUUUGGAUAUCCGACAGAAUUGAGGAAUUGUCCAACUUGGAGCUAGAAUGCUCUAUUUAGCAAAGUUUUAUCAUUUUUAUUUUGCUCUGUUUUAAGGGCCCCAAUUUAUAGUGAGUUUCAUCGAUUUUAUGUAUUAUUUUGAUAAA